AUGCCGGCGGAUCGCCCCCUCGUUGUUGGCGUUGAUGUUGGAGGAACCAACACAGACUCGGUCCUCCUUGAUGCCUCACAAGUUGGAAACAAGGCCGUGCUUGCCUCUUACAAAGCUGCUACAACUUCCAAUGUAACGUUGAGUGUCCAGGAGACGCUGCGAGUUUUACUUGACCAGUCCACCGUCGAUCGGGCUGAUAUCUCAGCUCUUGCUAUCGGCACCACUCAUUUCAUCAACGCACUCAUUGAAAGAGACUCUUCUCGUGUUGAAAAGGUGGCAGUCUUGCGGCUUGCCUCGUAUAAUUUCUCUUCUGGCACCCCACCCUUCGCCGACUGGCCGAGUGCAUUGAAGCGGAUAGUGAACGGCUACUCAGCAAUCAUUCCUGGCGGGUGCAAUAUCGAUGGGAAGCUCAUCGCGGACAUCGACCCCGAGGUCGUCCGGGAACAGGCCGACAUCAUCAAAGGUAAAGGUAUCAAGAACGUGGUAAUUGUUGGCAUUGGGUCCCCUACCGACCAUAAAUAUCACCAGGAAGAACGUGUGCGUGACAUUCUGAAGGCCAAACUGUCGGAAAAUGUCAAUUUGGUUCUGUCUCGAGAUGUUGCGGGCAAUGGACUUUUGGCCAGAGAGAAUGCAUCUAUCCUAAAUGCAUCCAUUCUUAACUUUGCCCGCCGAGCAAUCCGUUCCUUUAUGGCAGCCAUGAAGCAUAUUGGCUUGCACUGCCCGCUUUAUCUAACUUCGAACUCAGGCCACCUCCUUACAUUUUCCGAGGCUAUGCAAUUUCCGAUCAGAAUAUUUUCUUCAGGAGCGACAAAUUCCAUACGGGGCGCUGCAUUUCUGGCUGGCUCUGAGGUGGGUCAGACUGGUUGCGUGGUAGUGGAUAUCGGAGGCACAACCACUGAUGUUGGCUAUCUCCUGAAGAAUGGUUAUCCUCGUCUCGCAAAGAGUUACACCGACAUUGCUGGAGUAAAAGUCAAUCUGGAAAUGCCAUCUGUCGAAAGCGUUGGACUUGGCGGAGGUUCAAUCAUACACUUUGGCGCUGAAGGAGAAGAAGUGACGGUAGGGCCAGACAGCGUUGGGCAUGAUCUCCUGACGAAGGCCUUGAGCUUCGGUGGAUCUGUGGCAACUGCUACUGAUGUUGUAGUGGCCUCCGGAGAUGCAACUCUGGGAACUCAUAAAGCUGGACUUCCAGAUAACCUCAUUCCAAAAGCGAAGCUCAAGAUGAAAAAGCUUUUGGAGGCCUGUAUCGAUCGGUCAAAGAAUUCACCCGAUCCUUGUACCAUCAUUCUUGUUGGAGGUGGGUCGAUAUUAUGCCCUCCGGAAUUGGAAGGUGUUAGCAAAAUUGUGCUACCCGAACACGCUGGAGUUGCGAAUGCAAUAGGAGCUGCUAUGGCGAAGAUAUCGGGCUCGGCUGAGCUGAUGGUCAAUGGAUCCGAGGUUGAAGCAGGAAUUGCCCAGGUGAAGGCUCAAGCUAUACAAAAUGCGAUCUCCAGAGGUGGUAACGCAAGCUCAGUCACGAUUCUUCACCAAGAGGCUGUUGGAGUUCCGUACACUGACAAUCAGACCGCAAUAAAGGUUGAAGUGGCCCUACCGGCGGACCACGAGAGGGUUCGAAGGGAAAUGCGGCAGCUUGAGGAGGAUUCAGACAUCGACUUGGAUAAAGAAUUGUUUGAGGAGACGAAAAUCCAUGACAUUGCCGCAAAUGGCGAUGCAUCAAGCGAUGAAAAGAUUGAUUACAAGAGCUACCGCCCAACUGUAUCUUCGGCUGGCAUAUGGAGUCUGUCCGAAGUCGAUCUUCGGUUCUUGGCUCUCGGGUGUUAUAUCUUGGGAACUGGUGGCGGAGGCUCCCCAUAUGCAACAUACCUUGCGCUGCGACAACUGCUCGCAGACGGGCACUCGAUGACUCUUGUCAGUUGCGAUAGUCUCAAAGAUGACGACGCCAUCCCGACCGUUGGCUCAAUCGGUACACCAGCGGUAAGUAUAGAAAGACCUGGUGGCGACGAGAUCUUGCAUGCUUUGGACAUGAUGUCUAAGGAGGUGAACGUUAAAUUCACACAUUUUCUUGCAUCCGAGAUAGGGGGCGGAAACGGGCUUUCAAGUCUGAAUCCUGGGAGCUCCAAGCACUAUGGGCUACCAACUGUGGACGGUGAUCUCAUGGGUCGAGCAUAUCCCGCUUUCGAAAUGAUAUCUAGAUACGUCCACGCAGCCUCAAUCAACGAGAUUCUCCCCGUAACGCUCUGUAGUGGCACAGGCGACAAUGUUCUUAUUCCAGCCAAUCAGACGGAUAAUGUAUCCGCUGGAAUACAAAUAAGAGAUGUCUGCGUCUCAAUGGGGUGCUCUAGUAUGGCUUGUGGAGCCGCUGGUGUCCCUUUAACUGGCAAAGAGAUGCGAGAUUAUGGUAUUCCAAACACACAUUCUUUGGCAUGGAGGCUAGGCCGAGUUGUUUCGAUAGCGCAGCAGUCGGCAUCAUUGUCCACACUUGCGGACGCCCUGAUCGAGGAAUGCGGCGGACCUGAAACCGCCCUACGGCUAUUCACGGGAAAGAUCCGAAGCGUCGAAAGUGGUCUAACAAAGACGGCUCACAGCGUUGGCAAGGUCACCAUCGAAGCUCUUAGUGAAGACGAAACUGAAAGCGACGCUGACAAGAGUGGCAACUGGAGCGAGGUCCUUGUUCCAUUCAUGAACGAAAAUUUAGCAGUACUCGGAAGAGACAAGCAAGGUCAGGAGACGAUAUUGGCGACAGUUCCGGACUUAAUAUUUCUCUUGGAUGUAUCAACGGGCGAAAACAUCGGCGUUCAAGAAUAUAGAUAUGGGUUGAAAGUGACCGUCAUGGUCAUGGCACCACAUCCCGUGUGGACAUCAAAGCGUGGAUUGGAACUUGGAGGUCCCAGCGCUUUCAACCUGCCAUAUGAAUAUAAGUCAUCACUCAAAUAUGUGAAACCACGAAGCGUCAUUGAAGAAUUUAGAGAAACGCCUUGA